AUGGACGACCGUCCUAAUAUUGUGAUCGACAGCGGAUCCAGUACGAUGAAGGCCGGAUUCGCUGGAGAUGAUGCGCCGUGUGAUGUGUUUCCAAGCGUUUUUGCCAUGGAUCCUAGUGGUGCUAUUGACAUCCGAGGCAACAAGACUUACUUUGGCGAUGAAGCGCUGUGCAAGCGUGAAACUCUGACGCUGCAGUAUCCUAUUGAGCGCGGUGUUGUGACGAACUGGGACAACAUGGAAAAAAUCUGGCACCACACCUUCUACAAUAAGCUGCGUGUCGCUCCAGAGGAACACUCGGUGCUUUUGACUGAAUCUCCUCUGAAUCCCAAGGCAGACCGCGAGAAGAUGACCCAAAUUAUGUUCGAGACUUUCAACGUUCCGGCUAUGUAUGUCACCAGUGCGGCUGUGCUCUCCCUGCACGCCAGCGGUCGUACCACUGGUAUUGUUCUGGACUCCGGUGAUGGCGUGACCCACAGUGUUCCCAUCUUCGAUGGUUACGCUCUGCCGAACGGAAUUCUUAGUUUGGAUCUUGCCGGUCGCGACUUGACUGAGUACAUGGCUUCGAUCUUGAAAGAGAGGGGUUACGUCUUCACCACACCUACCGAACUGGAAAUUGUGAGGAAUAUCAAGGAGAAGCUCGGUUACGUUACUAUUGACUUUGAGAAAGAGAUGGCUUGGAUAUUAACCUCAUCUGAAGUGGAGAAGAGCUUUGAGCUUCCUGACGGCCAGUUUAUUACCGUUGGUUCUGAGCGAUGUAGGUGCCCAGAGGUGCUCUUCAACCCAACGACUGUUGGCAAGGAAGGCCCAGGUAUCCAUGAGAUGUGCAACAACAGCAUCAUGAAGUGUGACGCCGACAUUAGGAGGAAUCUGUAUAAUAACAUUGUUCUCAGCGGUGGUACUACUUUGUUCUCUGGAUUUGACGCUCGCAUGACGAAGGAAAUCACUGCGCUUGCUCCCAGCAACACGAAGAUCAAGGUGAUCGCUACACCCGAACGGAAGAACAGUGCUUGGAUUGGUGGAUCCAUUAUUGCAUCUCUCGACGGCUUCCAGACGGUUUGUAUCGGCAAGAGCGAGUAUGAUGACCUUGGUCCAGGCGCCCAUCCCCCAUCCCCUUCCCUGCAUCCCCCCAACCCCUUCCCUGCUUCCCCCCAACCCCUUCCCUGCUUCCCCCCAACCCCUUCCCUGCUUCCCACCAACCCCUUCCCUGCUCCCCCCCAUCCCCUUCCCUGCUUCCCCCCAUCCCCUUCCCUGCUUCCCCCCAUUCCCUUCCCUGCUUUCCCCCAUCCCCUUCCCUACUUCCCCCCAACCCCUUCCCUGCUCCCCCCCCAUCCCCCUUUCAGCAUCCCCCCAUCCCCUUCCCUGCAUCCCCCCAACCCCUUCCCUGCUUCCCCCCAACCCCUUCCCUGCUUCCCCCCAACCCCUUCCCUGCUUCCCCCCAACCCCUUCCCUCCUCCCCCCAUCCCCUUCCCUGCUUCCCCCCAUCCCCUUCCCUGCUUCCCCCCAUUCCCUUCCCUGCUUUCCCCUAUCCCCUUCCCUGCUUCCCCCCAACCCCUUCCCUGCUUCCCCCCAACCCCUUCCCUGCUUCCUCUCUUCCCCUCUGCUCAAUCUGUUCCCCGAUGCUUCUUCUCUUCCCUUCUGCUCAUUCCGUUUACUGUCUUUCCCCAUUCACUCACCCCCAUAUCCCCCAAUGCAGUUACAGGUGCCCUGCACCAGAUGGGAUGGGAUGGGGUUGACGGGGAAGAGGCGGGGAUGGUGACGCGGGGAGGGGCACAUAGCGCAGGUUUCCGCAUCAUUUACAGCAACAGCAUCAAGGAUGGGGAGGUGAGGGAUGGGGAAGAGAUGGAUGGGGAGGUGAGGGAUGGGGAACAGAGGGAUGGGGAGGUGAGGGAUGGGGAAGAGAGGGAUGGGGAGGUGAGGGAUGGGGAAGAGAGGGAUGGGGAGGUGAGGGAUGGGGAAGAGAGGGAUGGGGAAGAGAGGGAUGGGGAGGUGAGGGAUGGGGAGGUGAGGGAUGGGGAGGUGAGGGAUGGGGAAGAGAGGGAUGGGGAGGUGAGGGAUGGGGAGGUGAGGGAUGGGGAGGAGAGGGAUGGGGAGGUGAGGGAUGGGGAGGUGAGGGAUGGGGAGGUGAGGGAUGGGGAGGUGAGGGAUGGGGAGGUGAGGGAUGGGGAGGUGAGGGAUGGGGAGGUGAGGGAUGGGGAGGUGAGGGAUGGGGAGGUGAGGGAUGGGGAGGUGAGGGAUGGGGAGGUGAGGGAUGGGGAGGUGAGGGAUGGGGAGGUGAGGGAUGGGGAAGAGAGGGAUGGGAAGAUGAGGGAUGGGGAGGUGAGGGAUGGGGAAGAGAGGGAUGGGGAGGUGAGGGAUGGGGAGGUGAGGGAUGGGGAGGAGAGGGAUGGGGAGGUGAAGGAUGGGGAGGUGAGGGAUGGGAAGAUGAGGGAUGGGGAGGUGAGGGAUGGGGAGGAGAGGGAUGGGGAGGUGAGGGAUGGGGAGGUGAGGGAUGGGGAGGUGAGGGAUGGGGAGGUGAGGGAUGGGGAGGUGAGGGAUGGGGAGGUGAGGGAUGGGGAGGUGAGGGAUGGGGAGGUGAGGGAUGGGGAGGUGAGGGAUGGGGAGGUGAGGGAUGGGGAGGUGAGGGAUGGGGAGGUGAGGGAUGGGGAGGUGAGGGAUGGGGAGGUGAGGGAUGGGGAGGAGAGGGAUGGGGAGGUGAAGGAUGGGGAGGUGAGGGAUGGGGAGGAAAUGAGCGUGGGCGACGGGAAGGUCUUGCGCGUGGGCAACGGAAGGAGUGCGCGUGGGCGGUGGGAACGGAGUGCGCGUGGGUGGCGGGAACGGAGUGCGCGUGGGUGGCGGGAACGGAGUGCGCGUGGGUGGCGGGAACGGAGUGCGCGUGGGUGGCGGGAACGGAGUGCGCGUGGGUGGCGGGAACGGAGUGCGCGUGGGUGGCGGGAACGGAGUGCGCGUGGGUGGCGGGAACGGAGUGCGUGUGGGCGAGGGAAGGGAGUGUACGUGUUCGGUCUCAGGAAGUGCGCGUGGGCGAUGGGAAGGAAUUUGUACUCCGCGACGGAGGGAGGCGAGCGUGCGCGACAAUGGGGAUUGCGCGAAUGA